UUUGGAACCGGGGCGGUCGCACCGCUUGUCCCCCCAACUGAGCCGGCCCUGGCUCCUCUGCUUAUUCACGAUCCAUAUAUUUAUCCCGAAGGCUCUGCGGCGGAUGGGGAGAACACCGACGCUGAUCAAAUGGAUGAAGAUGACGGAGAAGAAGAGGAAGAUAGUGACGGGAGCUAUGAAGGUGACGACGAAGAAGGAGAUGAUAUGGAUGAAGAUGAAAUGAAAGAGAAAGGAGAGCAACAGACUAAAAAGGCAGCUGCAAGCUUCUUGGAUCCUCCGGAGGCGCAAGGCCUCGCUCACUUUCUUGAACACAUGCUUUUUAUGGGUAGCAACUCUUGUGUAAACGAAUCUAUGACAGCGACGAGAAGUUAUCUGUACUAAAUGAUUUGUCUCUCACUGAUCUCAACAGCUUUAUCCCUGUAGUCCGCUCUCAGGUUGCAUUCUGCCAUCAACCAUAGCUACUAUGAUUCCCCUUUCACUUAAUACAAGACUACUUUCUCUAGCGAUUGUUCUCUGGUUAUGUUUGCAGAUAUUUAUUGAAGCUCUAUGUCAUGGUAAUUUGUCGGAAGACGAAGCAGUAAACAUAUCACGCAUAUUCAAAAACAGUUUGACAACUGAACCGCUCCCAGUCAAAUCUAGACACAGAGAGCAGAUAACGUGUUUCCCUCUGAGUGCCAAACUUGUAAGAGUUGUCAACGUGAAGAACAAAUCUGAAACAAACUCAGUAGUCGAGCUUUACUAUCAAAUCGAACCCGAGGAAGCUCAGUCAACAAAAAUGAAAGCUAUGCUGGAUCUAUUUCACGAAAUCAUAGAAGAGCCAUUGUUCAAUCAGUUAAGGACAAAGGAGCAGCUUGGUUAUGUUGAGUGCGGCCCUCGCUUAACUUAUCGUGUCCACGGUUUCUGUUUCUGUGUUCAAUCUUCAAAGUACGGUCCAGUUCAUUUAUUCGGGAGAAUCGACAAUUUCAUAAAAGACAUCGAAGGGCUUCUGGAACAACUCGAUGAAGAGUCCUUUGGAAAUUAUAGAAGCGGUGUGAUUGCUAGAUUGCUGGAAAAGGAUCCCUCUCUCUUGUCUGAAACAAACGAGUUAUGGAGUCAGAUUGUCGACAAAAGGUACAUGUUUGUUUACUCCCACAAAGAAGCAGAAGAGCUAAGAAGCAUAGAGAAGAAAGAUGUGAUCAGCUGGUACACAACUUACUUCAGAGAAUCAUCACCCAAAUGUCGUAGGCUUGCAGUUAGGGUAUGGGGAUGCGAUACCAAUAUGAAAGAAACUCAAACAGAUCCUAAGUCAGUGCAGCAAGUCAUCGCAGACGCUGUGGCGUUCAAGUCAACCUCUCAGUUAUACCCAAGCCUCUGCUAGUGAGCAACAAUAGUUACUAUUUAUUUACACAAUUGCUUCAAUUUUUCCUUGAUAAAAAAAGUAUUUUUUGUUAUUAUUUGAGGAUAUUCAUUUAAAAUUAUAUUUUUGUCGGUUGGUUAA